UCCACAGCGCUCUUAUACCCCGCCUUCGCAUACCCCUUUGCUUCACUUAUUUACCCCCCAAAAGUACAUCACAUCUAUCAAAACAAUGGGCCGUUCAUUCUACUCCGUCUCCCAGCCUGCUCAGCCUCAGCCACAGAUUGCGUCUCCCCAUCAUGAGGACGCGACCGCCAACCCGGAGAUGCCCACCCCAUCUUACAGAAAAUGGUCUGAGGAACACCCAUUCGACCCCGAAUCCGAAGAGUUCUUCAACAAUGCCGUCUACGAAGCCUUCCUUCAGCCUGGUUCGCCGAUUUCGCCCAUGUCACCCGCGUCUCUGUCAACAGCGUCCUCGUCUGAGCGCUCUAGCUCUCGAGACCUCUCCCCUCCGCACUUCCGUGACACGCAGGAAGACCAGCCAAGUGGAGUUGUGUCAGGAGAGUCCAAUGGUCAUGUUCAAGAACACGACGCGCCUCGUCGUCGUGCUCCUAGAACGAGCACGGGAAGUCACGUACCUACAAGGUUGCUCGCCACGCGCUCCGCCACCCGUACCAACAUCCGCACCUACCGCCCUCUCUUCACUGAGAGUGACUCAGAUGACGAACACGAGAACAACCCUACUGAGCCAGCUCCUCUUCCACUCCCGCGUCUGAGCACAUCCUCCAUAACCCCCAUCCCUCUCCCUUCCGUCGGUCUACGCACUCGAAGUGGUCUUGCCAGCGCAAGGCCACACGAUGACGUUACUCCAUGGCCCCGCAGUACCCACCAUCUUGCACCGUCCGACGCGGACACCCUCAUACAGCCUAUCACCCCUCCCCAAGCCCUCCGCGAACUCUUUGCAGAAACCGAACCAUCGUUCAUCGCGUCUACGCCAGUCCACGCCGGUGCAAUUCCGAUUCCUCUCACUCCAUCUACUCCUGCGGCGAAUACAAGUCUCGUAGGCGCGAUGAUCUCUCCUUCCCCGCCUCCCAGCGUCACACCCAGAUUGUAUUCGUGGACCGGUGCCGAGGCGUUGCCUAGCCUGAGGAUCCCGGAGAGUCCUAGCGCCGGUAGAGAGAGGGAGACCAGGGAUAGAGGCGUCUCCACUGGUAGUCCACCCGGGAGAGGUCUGAGGACCGUGAACGGGCCGAGGAACGCGAGGUGGCCUGUCUACUAGAGGAUGUGGCAUUCUUGGUGUGGGGAUACGGACAUCGAGUUCUAGUUAUGCUCAAGGGGGGCAAGGGAGUUUGGUUCGGACAUCUCGCUCCCUGUUGAUCGUUGCGGUGAGCGCGUCUUGGUGGCAGUAGAGGUCGCCCAAAAUUCAUGCUGUAUAUUUCUUCAGUCUUCCUCACCGUUCAACUUCUUUAUGCUCUUCAUCUAUCCUUUUCCCUUUCCUUCUCUGUAAAAUUGCUUGUGCUUGAUUUCGGAUCAUCCAUGCGCCACACAACAUCUCCACCCAAUCUACAUCUCGCUUGCUCGGUCGGUUCAUAUUCCGCAGGCUCGGGGUGUCACGUUUCUCUUUGGGCCGCGUUGUUGACAAUUCUCAUAUUUCUUAUCGUGUCGUGUCAUUGUACCGUGUUCUCUGCUCGCUGCUAUGCUCUGGCUGUCUUAAUUGCUCACUUCUGGAUUGUAUAUAUUCGUACACUUCUCCGGGAUACCAUUGUAACACUGACUGUCGGCUGCUUGCUGCCCCCUUGUUCCUCUGCGCUAUUUAUAGAACGCUCGC